UGGGACUUGGCUGGCCUAAACUCCAUCCGCAGUCCCCGACCGGUUUCAGGGCGAAGCUGCCAUGCGUUCAGGGGGCCGCGGGCGGCCCCGGCUACGGCUUGGGGAACGCGGCCUUUUGGAGCCACCCUCACCGCCCAAGCGCCGCCUGCUACCGCGGGCGCAGCUGUUGCCCCUGCUGUUGCUGGCGCUGGCGGUGGCCUCGGUGUUCUAUACCAUUUGGAGCGGCUGGCACCGCCAGACUGAGGAGCUGCCUCUGGGCCGGGAGAUGCGGGGUCCGGGGCUCGGAAGCCUCCCCGAAGCCGGGCUUCGGAGGGUGGUGGGGCGACUGGACCCGCACCGUCUCUGGCACACUUAUCUGCGCCCCCUGCUGGUUGUGCGGACCCCGGGCAGUCCGGGCAAUCUCCAAGUCAGAAAGUUCCUGGAGGCCACGCUGAGGACCCUAAGGGCAGGCUGGCAUGUGGAACUAGACCCCUUCACAGCCUCGACACCCCUGGGGCCACUGGACUUUGGCAAUGUGGUGGCCACACUGGACCCAGGGGCUGCCCGUCACCUCACCCUCGCCUGUCAUUACGACUCCAAGCUCUUCCCAUCUGGGUCAGCGCCCUUUGUGGGGGCCACGGAUUCCGCUGUGCCUUGCGCUCUGCUACUGGAGCUGGCCCAGGCCCUCGACCUGGAGCUGAGCAGAGCCAAGGAGCAGGCAGCCUCAGUGACCCUGCAGCUGCUCUUCUUGGAUGGUGAAGAGGCCCUGAGGGAGUGGGGACCCAAGGACUCCCUCUAUGGCUCCCGGCAUCUGGCCCAGCUCAUGGAGUCUGCGCCCCACAGCCCCGGCUUCACCAGGAUCCAGGCUAUUGAGCUCUUUAUGCUUCUUGAUCUCCUGGGCGCCCCCAACCCAACCUUCUACAGUCACUUCCCUCGCACGGCCCGCUGGUUCCAUCGGCUGAGAAGCAUUGGAGUCCCCGUACUUCACCUCAUCUCCAUGCCCUUCCCCUCGGUCUGGCACACGUCUGAAGACUCUGAGGCCAACCUGCACCCACCUACAGUACACAACCUGAGCCGCAUCCUCGCUGUGUUCCUGGCAGAAUACCUGGGGCUCUAGCCUGCCUGGCUGACUCCGAGGGAGAAGUGCCCAGCAGGGGACGUGCUAAGAGCCCCUGGAACCGAGGAGCUGAGGCCAGGCCCGCCUGGGGCGAGCCAGCCUGUCCUUUUUAACACCUUUGGCUCUGCCUGUGCUCUGACUGGAAGGCCCUCUUUCCUUUGACUCUCUCAAGCUGCCACUCGUCAAAGACAUGGACAAGGCCUACAUGACUGGGGUGAGAGCCAGUGGAGUGCGGGCUCAGCCCUUGCCCCAGGGGAAACCACUUGGGCUGAGCUGAAGGUUUUCAGGGGCCAAAUGCCAUUCUCAGUUUUAAUCAGCAAACCAUAGACCGGCAUCUGGACCUGCAGGACUUCCAACCAAAUGACUUCUCUGUGGCUUAUGCUUUCGUGGCAGUGGUUCUCCCAGAAUGGCAGCUUUGCUACUGCACCAGUUCUAUGCUAACUCCCACAUGGAUGGGCCAUGUGGGGGCCCAGGGCAUGUGCUUAUAAGCACAAAGCAGAUGGAAACCAAUACUUGGGAACUCCAUUCUGCCAGAUGCAAGGGGCAAUAAACCAGUGUUUCUGCAGAACUAGCCUAAGCAGGUAUUGCAUGACAAAGGGGAUCCAAGUGGGGUGAGACAACAUCAAAGGACUUUCUUCACUGCUCAAUGUGAAUUUUCAAGAGUAAGGGACAAUAAAAGACAAAAAAAUUAAAAAAAGAUUUAAGGGACAA